UGAGAGGACCAUCAUGGUGCAAGCUUUUCAGCACACCACAAGAAUGUUACAAGUGACAUUUUAAAGAAGAUUAAUACCUGUAGAGUGGCUCAAGAGCACAAAAACAAAAGCUUUCAAACAAUAGUGCGAACGAAAAGAAUUGGACCCACACACGGGAAACUUGUGAGGGAUGAGAACUAAGCCGAAUGCAUGACCUGGAAGUUAAAAUUGACACUGCUGGAGCUUUGCGUAUCUCAGAAACCCUUCACAGAGUCCAGAGACCAUGAAGCUUACCGGGACUAUCCUUAAACUGGAGUGCACUCAUGGCAGCACAGAGACUAAACUGUUAAACAACAUGAUGCUGGUUCCUCUACGAGCAAAUAAAACAGGUUCAGUAGUGUCAGCAUCCUCCUCAUCCCUGUCAGGGGCCGAUGGCGCGAAGACUCAAUGCUUCAUAUGUGCAGACAGAGCCACAGGUAAACAUUACGGUGCACCCAGUUGCGAUGGCUGCAAGGGCUUCUUCAGGAGGAGCAUUCGCAACAACCACACUUACAGCUGUAGGUUCGACAGGCAAUGCAUUGUGGACAAAGACAAAAGGAACCAGUGCCGCUACUGCAGACUACGAAAGUGUUUCAAGGCCGGAAUGAGAAAGGAAGCUGUUCAGAAUGAGAGAGACUGCAUCAACAGUCAGAGAGCCAAGGAGCAGACAGUGGGCACUUUGUCCAUCAGUGUGCUGCUGCAGGCAGAGACCACUGUUCAGCAGUUCCCAGCACUUCUCUCUCCUAGGAGCCAUGACAUCACCACCAAGAAGACAGCAGGUGUGGGAGAGGUGUUCGAGUCCAUGAAGCAGCAACUCCUCCUGCUGGUGGAAUGGGCUAAACACAUCCCAGAGUUUUGUAGCCUUCCAAUAGAUGACAGGGUAACCCUUCUACGAACCCACUCUGCAGAACAUCUUAUCUUAGGGGCAGCAAGACGCUCACUGCCUUACAAUAAUGUCAUUCUUCUAGGUAAUGACUUUGUGAUUCCGCCGAGAGGUGCAGAAGUAGAGAUAUCCAGAGUGGCAUUCAGAAUUCAAGAGGAGCUGGUCAAACCUCUCAGAGAGCUGGUCAUCACAGACAAAGAGUUUGCUUGCCUCCGGACGAUUGUCUUCUUUGCCCCAGACUGUUCGGGACUUAAGAGUCCUCAGGUGGUUCGACAUCUCCGUUUCCAGGCCCAUCUUCUCUUAGAAGAAGCAACAUGUGAGCAGCGAGGAAGGUUUGGGGAACUCCUGCUGAUCCUGCCUCCCCUGCAGAGUGUGGCCUGGCAGAUGGUUGAGACUCUUCACUUAGCACAGCUGCUUGGCGAGGCCAAAAUGGACAGCCUGCUGCAGGAAAUGUUGCUAGGGGAGGGAACUGAAACGGGACAAGGAGUCUGUACAGUUUGUCCUGUGCCUGCAGGAAAUGACCCUACUCAAGACCAGCAGAAUGACCUGAAUGCUUCACCUGCAACCUUCCCAUCUGUGAUCUGUCAUGCUUCAAUGGCUCCUACAAGUGGCUUCCUUGCUGCCCACAUAGACUGGCACUGAGGUGUACAGACAUGGAGAGUCUGCCAGCGUGCCCACAACAUACCGAAGGCACCUGUCCACACCAAGAAACCCCGUGAAAAACAACUUAACUGAGGAAACCGGGAAAUGCUACAAGUUCAAACCAGCAAACAUACUAAUACUCACACUCAGCUGCAUACAUACAUAAGCUACAUACAUGCAAUUAUGAAUCACUACUGAGAAAAUAAUGUUAUUGUUAUCUGAGAAACAACAAAAAAUAUAAAGUUUAUAUUUUAUACAGGAACUCAUGAAAAAUUGGAAUAAUGACAUGCAACACUUUCUAAUGAUGAGUGCAAAAGAAAGCUAAGGCACACACUACAGUAAGUAACAAAUUAUAGCAUAAUACGUAGAAAGCUGAAAUGCAAAAUCCAUCAUCUGUCAGCAGAGGGCACAAAAAGCCAGUGCUUGAACAUAUUAGUUGGAGCUGUGGGGCUAUUGUUUUAUCCCAAAUGAAAGCCUUGACUAAUGGUGUCAACAAUUUGCUGCGGAAAUAAUUAAAGGAGUGUAAAAAAAAAAAAGAAUAUUUUAAAUAAAAACAGUUAUCACCAUCAACCAGAUACCUGCUGUACCUGUUCCUGAAAGAAUUCACUUAGAUGAGCAGUGAAGGUUGUUAUUAGAAAGGUUUGAUGUGAUGAGUGAUGAGGGCUCAACAGCACUGAAGCUUAGAGGCUCAGGGGUAAAACUCAGUGGCAAAAUUAUGGUCUGCAACCCGUUUCUUCUUUCUUGCUACCCUCAUUGUUUUGUUGCCUUCAUCCCCACAAAGAAAUCCAUCCUUUCCUCUACCAUGGAGGCAUGGACAGCAAUACUCACAGCAGUAUGUAUAAUCUAAACAUAUUAUUGACUGUUAGUUCCUUUGUCCUGAAUAUCUACCACAUGUGCUUUCCUAAAAACUAAAUACUUAGAUGUUGUCUUUUAAGACAACAUCAGGUCGGUGACAUAUUAGCAUACUCUUAACUAGUGGAAGAAUCAUCAGUUUUGGAAGAAGUAUAUAAAACAAUAUGUAACUUUAAUGUGGUUUGGUGUAAUUCGAGAAAAAGAAUUGCUUCUUCAGCAAAGACCCUGGAAAUUUUCUGGAAGUUUCUAUUUCCUUUACAGCAAAUGCAGAACAGUGUUUGGCACAGAAAGUAUGCCCCAACCACAUGUUUGACGCAGAAGAAAAAGAAUAAAUACACUAAAAGAACUGUAUAUUUACAAUUUUAAAAAAAGACCUUUUUCUAACGUUUCUAACUUAAAUAAAUACAUUUUCCUGCUUAUUUUAAUGGUAGAGCACAGAAAAUUAAAGGAAACGUGCCAAAAUCACGUUCUGUCUGCAGAAAGACCUUUUUUGAUGGCUGAAUCAAUAGAUAGUGCAGUUGACUCUUUCUCUAUUGCCCUGAAAAAAACAACAAACAAAAUGAUUGUCCGGCAACUUUCCUCAAACUUUUCCUGAAGUUAAAAAAAAUAAUAAUUGGAAACAACAUGUAGUGAUUACAAAAUCUGAGGUUUCAAAUUUAUCUGUGUUGACCUACAUUCACCAAUCAGCACGUGUGGGAGAAUUGAGAAACAGUUUUAUCAUGAAUGGGAGGAUUUUUGGAAACAAAAAGAUGAGUGGAAAAAUCUCCAAAUGGGCAUUUUUUCUGAAAAACUUUCUGUGCAACAACACAACUCUUAAGUCAGACUCAGGUACUUUUAAUGAUAUACGGUGCCAGCAGGACUGCUUCACUGAAUAUAGUCUAAAUAAACUUGAGUUUCCCAAACAGACUCUGUCACAGUGUUCAUCUUUGAAGGGUUCAGGUUAGGGACUGUAAUUACGCAAUCAUAUCUAUUUGAACUGACAAAUAAUUAGAAGUGGAUUGUUCAUUUUUCACAUACUCGCCCAGCACUGACUCUCACAGCCAAUCAAACAGUUAAUUAGGCUUUUAAACGGGAACACAAGAUAGCUGCCAAAUUGGGGUCCUUGUCAUACUCGGGUUUCAUUGUCACUGUAAAAAGGUAAGCAGUGACACUGCUGUGAUGUCUUUUUACUUCCCAAGGCCCUGCUGUGAGGCAGUCUAUUGAUCUGUCAAGCUCAGCAGAGAGCGAAGUGAUGCUGAAGUGUUAAAAGCUGAAUACUUGCUCUCAGUUGUCAGUGUCAUCCCUUACAUUCACAGUGGAGGGAGUCCAGAGGCAGGGCUUUUUUUUUGUCUCUGCUAAAUGUUCUUUUAAAAACAAUAUUUAACCUCUUUAGUUUCUACAUCAAAGAUCAGCUGUCUGCUUUUCAUGUAGGAGAGUCACAAAUUUGUUGGAGCUUCUUGAAUUUCUGCUGUACAAAUAUUGUCCUGUGUUGAAUCGCGCUCUUAAAGGGCAUAAAGGGCUUAAUUAUGACACAGUAAUAUUUGGUUGUGCCAGGAAUUCAGAAAAAAGAAGGGAAACGAUAAUAUCAUCAAACCAAGACAUGUUAACAAUCAUACCUUCAGCCAUGCAAGUUCUAAAGUUUUUAUUGAAACCACACGAAUUUCCAAAAUUUGAUGACCUGUACCAUUUGGAACAAAAGAAUAGUAUACAGAGUUAAGUAAGUAAAAGUAAGUUAAAUUCGGAUUUGUGAAAAAAAAUAAAAGAAAGACUGAGAAACUCUUGUGGUAAACCCCAUAGUUUAAAGACAAACACAUGAUUACAGAUUGUUAGUAUUCUAAAAAAGUUUCAAACUCCACAGAUUAAUGCUAAAUCUCCACCUCAUGGUUGACAUCCUUUGAGAAUAACAGUACUAAAGUAGCAUUGAUUUUCUGGAGGACCUCUGCAUAAUGUCCAAGUGGUGGAGUAUGUGCAAAAGAAGA